AUGAUUGAUAUGGACAAAAUCUUGCUAAAUACAUGUUUUCAUCAGAAAAGUCAUUUCAAUGAUGAUGGUGGAGAUGAUAAUGAUGAUCAGGAACAUGAUGAUAACGAUGAUAGUGGUGAUGAUAAUGAUGAUGAUGAUGUUGAUUGUGAUGAUGAUGAUCAUGAUGAUGAUGACGGUGGUGAUGAUAAUGAUAAUGAUGAUGAUGGUGAUCAUUUUUUUCAUUUAAUUAAAUUAUCUGUCAAAGUUUUUAUCAACAUACGGGCAAUAUCAAUAGCAGUGUAA